AUGGCCACUAAAGAGCAUCCAUUAGUGCACAUGGAGGUCUGCGGGUGCCGCCGCCUGCCCUCGGCCACCCGUUACGACCCCAGGCCCGUCAGCUCCUGCCGUACUAUUCAACGAGCCCCGUCGCCCACCCCGCCGGAGUUCCCCCUCGCUCCCAAGCAAACCCACACGCGCCUCCGCGUGAAGCUCCCCGCACGUCCUCCCACCCGCCGCAUCCUCUGCCGCCGAAAUCAUGGACGCAACGACAGGAUAAAUUUCACCAGCGCUACCCAAGCCAAGGCCUCCGGCGCCGCAGGCGGCGGCGGCGCUGCCUAUUAUGCCGCUGCACCUCUUCCACACGGCGGUAACGACCCGUGGUUCCAAUGA